AUGGUUGUGCGAGUGGGAUUUGGGAAGAGGGCAAAGCUGGCAAAGUCAGCAAGAUAUAAGGCCUAUCCUCGCGCGACCGCCGUGAAGGCAAUCCAACCCUUUGUUGGUGAGACCAACUAUUACUAUGACUCUGUUCCACACUUCAGCCGAUUGGCCGAACCGCUCACACGCCUCACUUGCAAAGACGUCCUUUUCGAUUUGGGUGCGGUGCAACACAAUGCUUUUACAAGCCUCAAGAUGGCACUUACAAAGCCACAAGUUAUGGCACUGUAUCAGCCCGAUCGUCCAGUCGAGCUCUUCACAAGCUAUAAUAAGCAAUGUAACGUGUUACCCACCUGGUCCAACACCACUACCAAUAAUUGGCAAUAUACUAUAAAUCAAAAACAUCACAUAAACCAAGAACUGGCAAAACUAUACAAACUGUAUGGACCGGUGGUGACCGUAUGGGUCGGUCCCAUACCUAUCGUACUUAUCGGUGAUCCGCUUAUUGUUAAACAAGCUUUUAAUAAACGCGAAUGCUCGGGAAAAUUUCAAGUUUUGCUUGGUACAAAUAAGAUACAGUUGAAACUCUCUGUUGUGAACAGAUUAGGAUCAAUUUUUAACGAUGACAAUCAUAGAGAUAUGGCAUUUAAUAGCCACUUACAAAGUGCUAUGUGGCUGAGAAGAAUGUCCAUAGCUACUAUUCGAAAAUAUGCAAAUUCUGCGGAUUUUGCGCAAAUAGUGAACACAACUGUCGACGAAAUGUUUGAACAACUGAUGACCAAAGAGGGAACCGAUCGGCCGUUUAAACCGCAGUCCUAUUGUCACGAAAUACUUAUGAAUAUAUUUAAUGUCUCCAUUUUUAACCAUAAGUAAACUAAA